ACAGUUGUUGUCAAGAUGAAGGCCAUAAAGCAACUGCUGCUCGGAUUAAUAAUAUUAUUCCAGCUGCUCCAACUUGGAUACGGAUUAGAGUGCUAUGCCUGCGAUUCGGCCGAGGAUGCGGAGUGUGCCACAAGUCCGGGCCAACAGCUGGAGGUGGAAGAGUGCUCGGUGGCCAAUGAUGUGUGUGUCACCUCGAUUACGGCGGGAUUAACACGACGCGGCUGCCUACGUCGCCUCUAUCCAAAUGCCUAUUGUGCCGAGCCCUGCGAUCGGUGCAGCACAAGUCUCUGCAAUCGUCAUGUCUAUCCCGUGGAUCGUCUGCGUUGCUAUCAAUGCAGCGGCGCCGACUGCAUCGAUGUCAGUCAAAGGCCACAGCUGCUGUUGCCGUGUCCCGUCUACAAUGCAGACGAUCGUUGCUACACCAAUGUGUUGCAUCUGAGCAACACUCAACGCGGUUGCGAGCACACAAAUCUACCCGACGGUUGUCCCCAUGUCUGCCUCAAGUGCAACUACAAUGGCUGCAACGCAGAGUUGACAGUUGGCGAGAGUCGCUGUUUGCAGUGUACACACAAUCGGCUCUCACCGAAUCCAGAUUGCCAGCGGAAUCAGCAGCCAGAGACGGAGGCGGAGGCGGAGCAGAAAUGUGCCCUCAACAAUGCCACAGUGACGCAGUGCGUCAACAAGGUAAUGUACGGACAUCGUGAACGCUGCUACACGCAUCUCAACACCCAAACGGAUGUCCUGCAACGCGGCUGCUCAACCACAAUGGGCUUCUUUCCCACCGGCGAGCUGAGCGAAUGCUACGGCGACAACUGCAACUCGCAGUGCCAGAACAUUGCCUGUGCCACCUGCAACUCCACCAGCGAUGCCAAUUGCCGUGGGGGCAACGCCUUGAGUAGCAAACAGUGCGUCGAUGGCACCAAUGCCUGCUUCUCCUGCGAGCAAGACACGCUCUUACGUCGCGGCUGUGCGGAUGCAAGUUUUGUGCCCGGGGGGGAAGGCGAGGCAUGUCAGUUGUGCCGCAGCGGCGACAAUUGCAAUCGCUGGUCGGUGCGCACUUGCUACCGCUGCAAUUCAUUGGAAUCGGACGAGGAUUGCGCCCAAAUGCUGAAUCCCAAUGCGAUGAGUGUCAGCAAUUGCAGCCAUGCAACCGAAUUGUGCGUCAGCACCGUUAUCAGUCGGCUGCAAAUGGUGCACACAGUCCGGGGAUGUGCCGGCGAGGUGCCCGAGUGCACCGCCAAUGAUCCCUACUGUGUGCGUUGCAAUGGCAGCUUGUGCAACGUGGCGCCCACAUUGUGGGCCACACAGCAAGAAGCGCUGCAGCUGCAGCUGCAACUGCGGCUAGCAACAACGCCCACAAGACGACAACGACAACAACAACGACAACGUAGCCAAUGGCCAAUGCAACUGCUCGACUAUCUGUGGCCCAAUCUGCUAAGCAAUUAGCCAAACUGUUUGUGGGGAGGGCGAGACAACAAAAGCAAUUAUUUGAAAGCUUCGUAGAUGAAUAAACAAUAAGCUGCAACAACAACAACAACAACAAUGUCUUUCCACCCACCCGAAAAUAAAAACAAAACAAAAACAGCAAAAACAUUGAUAAGACGGAGGAUGUGGAGUGAUGUUUGUGGCAUUUAUUUCAGACAGUUGCCAACCGACACAUGCAACGCCCCUCAAAAGCGAAAGAGCGAACGAGUCAUCAGCACAGGGCUGACAAAAACUAAGGGCUGCAAUAGUUUGAAUGCUCCAAAGAAAUUGUUUGUCAAAUACCUUUAAUUAAUUGUUAUGCAAUAAAAUUGAUUUAAGAUUAUGAA